CUCGAUGCACGGUCACACAGCUAACGCUUUUUGUUCUGCAGCACAGCCAGUGUGCAGGAUAUCCUCCUGUUUUUCUAUUUUUAAUGCACUUUAAAAAUCUGUGAUGUCAGACUGUGAUUCCUCCUGCCAGUCUCAUCAGAAGAAUAACAAGAGCAGCCACCUCUGGGAGACAUGUGAGGGUUCAGAGGAUGAAGGGAAGAAGCUGAAGAGGAGAGAGAAGAACAGAGUUGCCGCUCAGAAGAGCCGCAAGAGACAAACACAGAGAGCCGACCUGCUGCAUGAGGCCUGUGAGCUGCUGGAGCAGAAGAACCGAAAGCUCAGGAGAGAGGUGGAUUCACUGUCUGAGGAGCAGCGCCUGCUGACCGAAGCUCUCAGAGCCCACGAGCCCCACUGUCCCAUCAUGCACUGCCUCUUCGCCUCCUCCACCUCAUCCAGCCUGCAGCCUGACAACAUGGCAGCUUGCUCUGUCUAAGGCAAGGAAUAAUGUUUCUGACCUGAGUGACCACUGCAGCUCGGUGUCUAAAGCUACCCACUGUGUAAUACACCAGUAAACCUCUAGAGGGCAGAGCUCACCAUGAUCAGAAACAAGUGAAGUGAACUGUGGUGGCAGUUUUAAGAGUGAAGAGCGCCCUCUGGUGGUUAAACUUUUCAUACAGCAGCUUGAGUCCAUGUCCAGUGUAAAUACAGUUAAAGAUUUCGCUUCACUCUGCAUUUGCACGACUGGUGCAGAUGGUUUGUCUCCUCUUUCAGCUCGCAGGUGAAAAAAAAGGUGCCAGAUAGAAAAGAAUGAAUUCACCCAUUAACCCAUUUCUUAAUGUUUUCUUUCUGCUAUAUGAGCUCAUGACUUUGACUCUUAUCGCAGUAACAAAGAUCCACAUGCAUGUUUCCAUUAACCUUUCCAAAUAAAUAAAUGGAAAAGUCAUACAGUUUGUGUGAUGUCAGUUAAAACAAUAAAUAAUAUAGAACG